AUGGCUUCAGUAACCUCCCGCCAAGCCUUCUGCAGGACGGACGAUUAUACCCCAGGCAGCGCCAAGGUGAAGCUUGUCACUGAAGUCUUGCCGCUUCCUCUCCACCCAACCGCUGUUCUGAUCAAGGUCCGCGCUGUCUCUCUCAACUAUCGUGAUGCCAACAUUGCAAACGGCGGUAACCCUUGGCCGGUCAUUCCCAAUGGCGUGCCUGGUAAUGAUGCGGCUGGCGAGAUUAUCGCAAUCGGUGACAGAGUGUCGCUCGUGUCUGUGGGAGACAGAGUAGCUCCCAUCACCGAUUCCGAGUACGUGAGUGCUCGCUCGACCGGGCGAUCUUGGCUCGCGGCAAACGAAGAUGGAACGCUGGCAACACAUCUUGUAUUCGAUGAAAAGCUAGUCACGAAGCUUCCCGCGCAUCUGGACUGGGUACAGGCGAGCAUCAUCCCUUGCGCUGGAACAACAGCUUGGUCUGCACUCAAAGGUGCUGCCAUGGGCCAAACAGUCUUGAUUCAGGGUACUGGUGGCGUUGCGACCUUUGCUCUGAAGCUUGCCCGAGCCUCAGGCCUUAGGAUCAUCCUAACCUCUUCAAGCGACGACAAGCUCAACACGGUAAAGGAGCAAUUUGGAAAGCCCGACAUCGAGACCAUCAACUACAAGACGAAUCCGGAGUGGCAUGAGGAGGUCCUAAAGCUCACAAACGGCAUUGGUGUCGAUCUUGUUGUCGAGAAUGGCGGCAGCUCUUCUCUCGUCAAGAGCAUGCUAUGCACCCGGCGUGGUGGUGUUGUCAGUCAGGUCGGCUACCUUGGGGGUCCAAAGUCUGAACAUCUGAAGGAGUUUGUUUCCACAAUCAUAGACCGCAGACUGAACAUAAGGGGAAUCAACUGUGGCUCCAAAGACGACCAAGAAGAUCUCAUGGCGGCGAUUUCAGCUGCGAAGAUGACCUUUGAGGAUAUUAUCGACUCAGUAUGGGAAUUCGGAAAGGCAGAAGAGGCUAUUGACUUCGUCUGGCAGGGUAAACAGAUUGGAAAAGUCGUCAUUAAGCUUGGAGAGUAA